AUGUUACACAAUUUGCUACUAUUAAUACUCCUACACGUCUUCUGUCUUCAUCCUUUUCCCGUUCAAGGUUCAAAUCAACAUGAAAGAAAGCCAUAUAUUGUAUACAUGGGAGAACUACCAAUGGGAAGAACCUAUGCCGUGGAAAACCACCAUCACAACUUGUUGGCGGCUGCGAUUGGAGACACCCAGUUGGCCAGAGAGUCCAGAAUACAUAGCUAUGGAAAGAGCUUCAACGGAUUCGUUGCCCGACUUUUGCCUCAUGAGGCAGAGAAACUGCGAGAGGAGGACAAUGUGGUAUCUGUGUUUCCAAAUACACACCGCAAACUGCACACAACAAGGUCAUGGGAUUUUCUAGGAAUGCCCCUAAAUGUGAAGAGAAAUUCCAACGUAGAAAGUCAUAUCAUUGUGGGCGUGUUAGAUACAGGUAUUUGGGUUGAUUGCCCUAGUUUCAAUGAUAAGGGUUAUGGACCUCCCCCACGAAGAUGGAAGGGCAAAUGCAUGACCGGAGCCAACUUCACUGCCUGCAAUAACAAGGUGAUCGGAGCAAAAUACUUCAAUCUGGCCGAUAGCAAUACAACGAGCGACAAUCUGAGUCCGGCGGAUGACAUGGGGCACGGUACUCACACAGCGUCGACGGCGGCGGGCGCGGCGGUGAAGGGUGCAAGUCUCUACGGCAUUGGCAAGGGCACAGCAAGGGGUGGGGUCCCAUCUGCACGCGUGGCCAUGUACAAGGUUUGCUGGAGCACUGGUUGCAGCGACAUGGACAUGCUCGCCGGCUUCGACGAGGCCAUCGCCGACGGCGUCAACUUCAUAUCCGUCUCCAUAGGAGGACCCUCCCGUGACUUCUUCACUGACCCAAUAGCCAUUGGAGCAUUCCAUGCUAUGAGGAGAGGGAUUCUCACCUCUUGCUCUGCUGGAAAUAAUGGCCCUCGCCCUAUGUCUGUUGAGAAUGUCGCUCCCUGGAUUUUGACCGUCGCCGCUUCCGCCGUUGACCGCCAGUUCACUACACUUAUUGCCUUCGGCGAUGGAAAGAACAUUACAGGACUGUCUAUUAAUACAUUUUCCCCCAAGAAAAAGAUGUAUCCGUUGACUAAUGGAAUCCUUGCUGCGAAUCUUAGUCGAGAUCUCUACGGCAGUGCUAGUGCUUGUGAUUAUGGGACACUACGCAAGGACAAGGUGAGGGGCAGGAUAGUGUACUGCACUGGGGGCUCAGGCGCUCAGGAUUUAACCAUCAAAGAAUUAGGAGGAGCAGGGACCAUCAUAGGCGUAGACGAGACAAUAGACACCUCCUACACCACACUUAUUCCAGGGGCCUUUGUUGAGGCCAGCACUGUGGGCAAUACUAUUGAUCUCUACAUCAAUUCCACCAAGAAUGCUAAAGCGGUUAUAUACAAGACAACCACCACAAAAGUUCCUGCUCCAUAUCUUGCUUCUUUUUCAGCCAGAGGUCCUCAAUUUGUCACCCCGAAUAUCCUCAAGCCUGACUUGGUUGCCCCGGGAGUGGACAUAGUAGCUGCUUAUUCCAAACUGUCAACCCUAACAGGGUACAACGAAGACGACCGUUACGACGUAUUUAACAUUAUGUCAGGAACAUCUAUGGCAUGCCCACAUGCUACGGCAGCUGCUGCCUAUGUCAAAUCCUUCCACCCUGACUGGAGUCCUGCUGCUAUUAAAUCUGCUCUCAUGACCACCGCCACACCUUUGAAAAUCGGUGACAACUUCACGGAGCUGGGAGCUGGGUCAGGACAGAUUGAUCCAGUAAGAGCAUUGCAUCCUGGCCUGGUUUACGAUAUUAGAAUGAACUCCUAUAUUGCCUUCCUAUGUAAGCACGGCUAUAACAGCACCAACAUUGGUAUACUAUUUGGAGGCAAAAGUUUCAAUUGCGCAAGCAAUAAGCCUGCACCAGGCACUGAUGGAAUCAACUACCCUAGCAUGCAUAUCUCGCUGUUGAACGCCAGUUCUAAAAUUUCUGCAGUUUUUCAUCGUACUGUAACUAAUGUAGGAUAUGCAAAAUCAACGUACAAGGCUAAAGUUACGGCACCCAAGGGUCUUUCGGUGAAGAUCAUCCCAGAUACCUUGAAGUUUAGUCAAUUGCACGAAGAACAGUCAUUCAAGGUUGUCCUGAAGGGACCUCCAAUGUCUUCGUAUACAGUGUUAUUGUCUGCAUCACUUGAAUGGAAUGACUCUAAACACACUGUUAGAAGUCCAAUACUUGUCGUUAAGCAAACGUACUAGUGGAUACAUUGCAUAAUCUAGGAAUUCGAGUUCAGGAGUUUAUUUGACGACAAAAAAAUAGUUCAGUGGUUUUUACUUAUCCCCUAUAUUAUGUACAUUUUAGUUAGUUAUUCGCUUUAGCUUAAAGAAGAGUUUAGCUGCACGAAUGAUUAGUUCAAUCAACGGUAAUGACCAACACAAUUCAUGCAUUACCUGUAUCUAAUAAUCUUAGCAACUUUUUUCUCCCUAUUAAAAAAUCACACUACCUUCGUAUUAAGAUGUAGAAUUAAGCACUGUCUCAACUCAAGUCACAAUCGCUUAUGAGCUACAUCGCCAACACUGCUCUAUCAUGUCUAGAAAAUGAAUUGAGUUUAGGGAGAAGGGAAAAUACCCAUUUAACGGUACGUGUCAUAAGAUUUCGUGGAUGAAAAUCACUCUUAAAAUGGACUGCUGCAACGGUAACAGCAGAGUUGUCAAGUUUAGAGACAGAUCCGACAAUCAACAUGAUGCAAGAGCAAG